AUGGCGGCAGGUCAAGCAGAGCCUCCGCCGUUGCAGAGUCUUCCCACCGCGAAGGAGAAGAAGUAUGACAGGCAGCUUCGACUCUGGGGAGCCAGCGGGCAAGUAGCUUUGGAAGAAACACAUCUUCUCCUGAUCAACUCGUCGCCUGGUGUCACCUCUGUCGAGACCCUCAAGAACCUCGUCUUGCCUGGAGUUGGCCAGUUCAGCAUACUCGACCCCGCUGUUGUCUCCGAAGCAGAUUUGGGCGUCAACUUCUUCCUCGAAGAUGAGUCGCUCGGCAAGUUUCGUGCGGAUGAGACGGUGCGGUUGUUGAUGGAGUUGAAUCCUGAUGUGAAAGGGCAUGCGAUCAGAGAGCCACUCGAGACCUUCAUCGCAAAGGACAAAGUCUUUACUCCUUACACUCUCGUCCUCGUCGCCGCACCCAUCGAUUCGAACAUACUCGCCACAAUACGCCAACAUGCCGAAGGAUUGCAAAUACCGCUCUUCUACGUCCACUCCGUCGGCUACCACUCACACUUCUCCAUCCAACUUCCACCCGCCUUUCCGAUCGUCGACACCCAUCCCGACCCAACCGCGACUACCGACCUGAGGAUACUCAAGCCAUGGCCAGCAUUGCACGAGUUCGCGCAAGAAAAGACGCAUGCCAUGGACAAGAUGAGCGGCCAUGACAAAGCUCACAUACCCUACAUCUGCCUCCUACUCCACUACCUCGACCAAUGGCGGAACGACCACAACGGCAUGGUGCCAGAUUCAUACAAGCAGAAGCAGGAGUUCCGGGACAGCUACGUGCGGAAAGGAAGCCCAGAUGAGGAGAACUUCGACGAGGCGUGCGCCGCAGUGCUAAAGUCACUGAACCCACCUACAGCUUCAUCUUCCGUGCGCGACAUCCUCAACGCGCCUGAAGCAAUGGAGCUCACGGCGAAAUCACCACCUUUCUGGUUCAUUGCGAGUGGUAUCCGCCAGUUCUACGCGAAGCACGGCGAGCUGCCACUACCAGGAGCCGUACCAGAUAUGAAGGCACAGUCAGCAGACUACAUCAAACUCCAGAACAUCUACAAGACCAAAGCGAGAGAAGACUGCGCUGAAGUGGUCGCUACCGUCCGAGCCCUCGAGAAGUCAUCUGGUCGUGGACCCAAGCUUGCAAUCGACGAAAAAGAGAUCGAGAACUUCUGCAAAGGCGCCGCGCACAUCCACCUCGUUCGCGGCCGACCACUACAGGUCGUCCAAGCCGGUACACCCGUCAAGUUCGCUGACCGUGCAAAAGCGAUGCUCUUCGAGCUCACGAACCCAGAAAGCCUGAUCGGACAAUAUACCGCCUUCCUCGCUUGGGAUGAAUUCGUGGCGACCCACUCCACCACCUCCUCAGAGAUCGGUGGCGAAGGCCUCCGCGUCCCCGGCAACAACGACGCCGACUUUGAAACCGACAAAGAGAAGCUCGUCGGCAUCGCGCACAAGAUCGUGGACGGCGUGAUCAACGAAGCCGGCGACCGUAUCGAGGAUCCAGAGUACAGCGAGAUCAAAGCCGGGAUCGAGAAGGUUUGUGUCGAGCUUGUGAGGGCUGGGGGAGGCGAGUUGCAUAAUAUUGCGAGUCUGACGGGUGGGUUGAUUGCGCAGGAGGUGAUUAAGGUGAUUACGCGGCAGUAUGUGCCGGUGGAUAAUACGUGUCUGUUUGACGGGGUAGGGUCGAGGGGGUAUGUCUUGAGGGUGUGA